AUGGCAUCGGACUUUGGGAAGACGUCCCUGCCUGGUGACGUUAUUAACAACGUUCUCAGCUUUUGCGCCAGGCAAAACGUCAGCGAAGAAACAUUCUUCAUCGCCGCAUGGUCUUACACUAUCGCCGUCUACAAUGCCUCUUCACUUGCCACAACAAGUGUAAUCAGAGGUGGCAAGAAGAACGAGGUUGCAAUAGAGUUUGACUCAAGAAUGACAAUCUUGGAAACGUGCUCAGCUUUGCACUACACAAAGAUAUGCUCGGGCACAGAUUCCGAGCACUCUCCUCGCAGUUCCACGCCAGGAGCCGAACUUCACGACGACCCAACAACGAUUCUGUUUGCUCAAAAUGGUACUUUCGACCUCGGUUCAGACAUUGGCGAACAAGGAAUUUUACCCAAUAUUGUGAUUGAUGGUCAAUACCGCAUCGAUCUACACUGCAUCCCUCAUUCUGUAUCUGCUCUGUCAGCCCAUGCGUUCCUGGAAACUUUCACUACCAUCAUUGGACAGUUCGCAACCCUGCCUCACGACAGAUUACUCGGCGAAGUCAACGUACUCGGCCCCUUGAACCGCGAAAGACUUCAAAGCUGGAGCCCUCGCUACAUCCCAGCUGUCGAGCGUUGUGUUCAUGACUAUGUCGACGAGCAUGCCAGCGACACUCCUUGGAAGGAGGCUGUGGUUGCUACUGAGGGCCCCAACUUCACAUAUUCCCAGCUCUCGAGACUCUCCAGCAGGUUGGCGAAAAACCUCAUAAACAAUGGUAUCACGAAAGGGGACAUUGUUCCGAUUCUGUUCGAGAAGUCUUCCUUUGCAGUUUUGGCCAUCGUCGCUAUCCUUAAAGCGGGAGGUGCCUAUGUUGGGUUCAGCGCCGAGACACCCAUCAACUUUCUGCGAGAAUGUUCAUCCAUUGCGAACGCGCCGCUAAUUAUCACGAGUAAUCAUCAUGAGGACCUCGUUCGGAAGGUCAGCUCCCGGGCGUUAGUACUGGACCAAGCAUUCGUUGAGGGCCUGGAGAACUCAGCAGAUGAAGAGGGCUUCUCAUCUCCCGCUCGUCCCUCAGACCUGGCCUAUCUGGUGUUUACAUCAGGAUCUACCGGUACUCCCAAGGCCGUUAUGACGGAACACAGAGCCUACGUCACAGACGCCCUCGCACAACAAAAAGCUGCUCUACUCACUCCUUCCUCCCGUGUGCUUCACUUCGCCUCAUACAAUUUCGACGCCACCAACUUCGAUGUGCUCACCACUCUCAUUGCUGGCGGCACAAUUUGCGUUCCUGCCGAGUUCGAUCGCAUCAACCGCCUCGCCGGGGCCAUCAACGACCUUGGCGCCAACUUUCUCGGCGUCACAGCCACCCUCGCACAGAUUCUCGACCCAGAAGAUGUGCCCGGGUUGAAAACCGUGAUUCUAUGCGGCGAAGCCAACAGUCCCGAAAUCGUCGACAAGUGGACUCGGUCUGGAGCCGAUGUCAUCAAUGGCUACGGACCUUCAGAGGCGUCAUGCGCAUUCUCGUACAACAUCUAUACUCGUCAAUCGCCUAGGGCGAACAAUAUUGGACGGGCACUCGAGGGAGCUUGUUGGGGGUGGGUUGUGAACCCAGAGAACCACAAUCAGCUACUGCCUAUUGGGGCAAAGGGCGAGCUACUGAUUCAAGGACCAACGCUGAGCAGGGGAUAUCUGAAUGAGCCAGAGAAGACCGCAAAGGUGUUCAUUGAAAGCCCUGAGUGGCUACCAGGGAAAGUCGCCAUCGGCAUGCAAAGGAUUUACAAGACAGGAGACCUUGUGCGACAACUCCCAGAUCAGUCUUUCGAGGUGUAUGGGCGUAUCGACACGCAAGUCAAGCUAAACGGCCAACGCAUUGAGCUUGGCGAGAUAGAGCACAAGGUGAGUCUACUGCUUGGGGGAGAAUUUACAGUCGCGGUGGAGGCAGUACAUUUGACCCGCGGAGAAGAGCCUGCCUCAAAAGUUCUGAUCGCAUUCUACGCAACGAACGUAGGAGGUAACGGAAAGGAUGCUGCGCCGCUGGACAUUGUCAACGAUAGUAAGUCUGAGCUCAUUGACGUCCAAAGCAUCAAGAAGAAGCUUGCAAACGGCCUCAAAGCCAUUGCUAUUCCCCAAGCUUUCAUCCCACUUCUAAGGAUGCCGGUCACUAGUCAAGGCAAACUAGACCGACAGCGUCUGCAGAAGAUUGGCAGUCAACUCGAUAAGCUUAGGUUGGCUGCGUUCUCUGGAGUCACCGUAUCUGUCAAGGAUGAGCCUGCGAUGAACGAGUUUGAGGCAAUCGUCUGCGAGCUGUUCGCACGGUCACUCAACUUGAGCAAAGGUGAAAUUGGUCGUCAGUCAGAUUUCUUUUCCAUGGGUGGCGAUUCCCUUAAAGCCAUAAAAUUGGUAUCUCUGGCCAGGAAGCUGGGUUUCAGUCUCUCUGUACCGGACAUCCUUCAAAAAUCAAGGCUGUUCCAACUCGCCGAGUUCCUGCGCAAGUCCGCUCAGACUAAUGAGUCAAGGAGCUCGUAUCAGCCAUUCAUCAAUAUUGCAAACCACAUCACACUCGACGAAAUCCAAGAGAGCGCUAGAAACGCGUCUGCCUCACACGAAAUUGAAGACAUGGUCCAGGCCACGGAUCUUCAAGCGAGCUGCGUCGCGUUCUCUACUUUUAGUGAAGAGCGCCGCGGAAUCAACUGGCUCAUAUGCGACUUUGACGAGCCUCAUGACGAGACAGCAGUUCAUCGGAUGUGUCAAACAUUGACAGAAAGACACUCCACUCUAAGAACCUUCUUUGUGCCACACAAGCGAGCGCUGUAUCAAGCUGUAUCGAAGUGUUUUCGUCCUCCAACGAGAACUCAUCUGAACCUUGACAGCAUUGAGUAUGCCACCAAUGCACUCAUUGAGACCGAUUUCAAGGACAGACACGUGGAUAUGACUUGUCCUCAGACAGCCUUUGAACUACUCUCCAGCCACGACGCCACCAAGAUCCAGCGUCUGCUCAUCCGCAUUUCUGCAGCUCAAUACGAUGGCCACUCUGUGUCAAUCUUGAGUCGCGAAAUAAGGGAUCUCCUCAACGGAUGCCAGCUUCCUGAGCUCAAAGGAAGCUAUCAAGCAUACCUUCAUUAUGCUCGGACAAACGAGUUGGACGAAGGCAUUGAAUACUGGACAUCACUUCUUCAUGGCGCGAAAAUGACCCAACUUGUCAAUCAGAAGGGUUCCACUCAUGACGUCCCAUCAGGUCUGAACUUUGUGGAUGGUGUGCUCGUGAGCAUGAUUGACAGUCAGUUGCUUGAGUCUUGUUGCACUGGCGACAGAAGCAGCAACACCUUCGGCGGCAACACCAAAGGUGCAAUUGUCAAAACGGCCUGGGCGCUCACUCUUUCUGAGCUGACUGGUAAAGACGAUGUUGUUUUCGGCUCCACAGGCUGGGGCCGCAAUCACUCCGUUGAGUUCGCAGAGGAUGUGAUGGGUUCAUGCACUUCGCACAUCCCCACACGCCUACGAAUCACCACUUCAGCCACUGGCAAUAGUCCCAGAGUCACAUACGGAGAUCUGGUCGAGCAACUACAGACGCAGCACAUAGCUUCCAUGCGAUACGAGAACAUCGGGGCGAAUACGAUAGUUGAGAAGUGCACGGCCUGGAAGCGGUGGACGCGGUUUUCGUCGCUGCUGGUUUUCCAGGGGUUAGACAUCGGAACUCCGCAGAAUUGCAGUGAAGAUGGUGGAGUUGCUCCGACAAUGAGGUUCACGGAGAUCAUGGACCCGGGCGAUCGAGCGGACGUGAUCGUUCACGUAGAGCCUUUCGGAGACCAGACGCGAGUCAUGAUGGCUUUUGCAAAGGCGCGUCUGCCCGAAGACAUUGCUGGCGUGAUGAUGCCGACAUUCAAACGGUACUUGAAGCUGAUUACUCAGUUUCCCGAUCAGCCUGUUCCCUUGGGGGAGGGCGACCUAUUUCCGUUGUUGCCAGUUGUCUGUGAGAGCGCCACGAUCACGCGCAUUAAGGAUGUUUUAGUCAACUCGCGGGCUGAAAAUACUGUCAAACAGGUUUGGAUGAAGGUUCUUGAUGUGAAUGAUGGCGAGUUCGGCAUGUUGAGGGAGGGUAGCAGGUCGUUCCUUGAGAUCUGGGGCAAUUCAGUGUCAGCGGCGGCCCUUGCUUAUGAGUACAGGUCACGGGGCUUCACAGUUUCCACGGAGGACAUGUUGCGGCAUCAGAUGGCAUUUGAGCAAAUGCAGAUGAUUUCAAUGAUGAUUGACGGAAAGCAACAGUAA